AUUUUCUAGAGAGAGAGAGAGAGAUAGGGGCUUUGGGCUUUUCAGGCACAGAGCUGUCGGCCAUGGCGGAUUCAAGCGAUUCCGUUUCUGUUGAUAUGGAAACGAUUUAUCUUGGCGGAAAGGAACAUAUUGUACGAACUGGCCGUGGUCUUGUGUCUGUUAUUGUGUACGGAGACCAAGACAAGCCAGCUCUGGUUACCUAUCCUGAUUUGGCUCUAAAUCAUAUGUCAUGUUUCCAAGGAUUGUUCUUUUGUCCUGAAGCAGCUUCUUUGCUGCUCCACAACUUCUGCAUUUACCAUAUUAGUCCUCCCGGCCACGAGUUAGGAGCAGCAGCAAUUUGUCCGGAUGAUCCUGUACCUUCUGUUGAUGACUUAGCAGAUCAAAUUAUUGAGGUUCUCAACCAUUUUAGGCUUGGUGCGGUGAUGUGCAUGGGGGUAACAGCGGGUGCUUACAUUCUCACUCUAUUUGCUAUGAAAUAUAGGGAGCGGGUUCUUGGUUUGAUACUUGUAUCCCCUUUAUGCAAAAAUGCCUCUUGGACAGAAUGGUUGUAUAAUAAGGUGACGUCAAAUUUGCUAUAUUUUUAUGGCAUGUGUGGUUUGGUGAAGGACUUCUUGCUUCAACGGUAUUUUAGCAAGGAAGUACGCGGUAGUAUAGAUGUCCCAGAAUCAGACAUUGUUCAAGCAUGUAGAAGAUUACUGGAUGAGAGGCAGAGCAUAAAUGUUCUGCGGUUUCUUCAAGCAAUUGAUAGGAGACCUGACAUUACUGAUGGGUUGAAGAGACUUAAAUGUCGGACACUCAUAUUUGUUGGCGAGGACUCUCCUUUCCAUUCAGAGGCUGUUCACAUGACAUCAAAACUGGAUAGAAGAUAUAGUGCCUUAGUUGAGGUCCAGGCUUGUGGAUCAGUGGUAACAGAAGAGCAACCGCAUGCAAUGUUGGUACCCAUGGAGUAUUUUUUCAUGGGGUACGGAUUAUAUAGGCCUUGCCAGCUUAGCGGCAGCCCAAGGAGCCCCCUCAGCCCGUCUUGCAUCUCCCCGGAUCUUCUCUCUCCAGAAAGCAUGGGCUUGAAGUUAAAACCAAUUAAAACUCGAGUUUCUUCCCAUGUCAAUAAUAGCACAGACAGAUAACUUUGUUACUUGGGUAAUUCAUAAUAUUCAAACUCCAUUGAUUUUGGGAGUUUACAUUUUUUUUUUCUUUUCCCAAUUCUUUUAGUUGGGUAAGAAGGGUUAGAUGUGGGUUUGUAGAUAGUGGAGGAAAUUCUUGAAAGGGUAUAUAUAGGGUGGGAGUUUUGAAUUCAUUCAUUUGUAGUCAAAAGUCAUAAACAUGUCACUUUGAGCUUUUAUGUGUAAAUCCUGGGAGAGGUAUUGGCAUUUUAUUUAUGAUAUUGACGAGCAAAUAAAUAAUAAUAUGGAGGAAAUGAGGGGGCCUCCCCCGGAUCAUGAUAUUUGGGUGAUUGAGCUUCCCAAAGUUCAAUUAAA